AAACCAGCGCCGGGCGGCUCGGUUUGCUCUGUUUGCUCGCCAGCUCGGCGACGUAGCUAGGCGUCAAGCUCACGCGCGUUCCUAGCAGCUAUUUCAUCCUGACCGCCUACGACAAGCACAUCGAACCCUCCCUCUAUCUUGAUUUUAGUGGGAGAUUCAUGCUAUUCAGCUUUUAGUCGGUUGCUGAAUUACUAUCCACCCGGAUUCUGACCGUCAACUGCCAUCCACAACCGCAAAGCGAAGUCAAAAGACCAAGAUGGAGGUUUUACUUGGGAUUACUGGAAAGGACUUUGUCAUCAUUGCAGCUUCUAAAGCUGCCGUGAGAGGGCCAACCAUCCUCAAAGCCACAGAUGACAAAACCCGCAAGUUGAAUGAACACACUCUGAUGGCAUACUCUGGAGAGCCCGGUGAUGGAGUGCAAUUCGCAGAAUAUAUCCAAGCCAAUGUUCAACUAUACUCGAUGCGCAAUGAUACAGAACUCAGCCCUGCCGCCGUUGGUAACUUUGUCCGAGGGGAGCUCGCCCGGAGCUUACGUUCUCGAACCCCAUACACCGUCAACCUCUUACUCGGCGGUAUCGAUGCUAUCACCAACACCCCCAGUCUGUACUGGAUAGAUUAUCUGGCCUCUCUGGCACAGGUUCCAUACGCCGCCCAUGGAUAUGCGCAGUAUUACUGCUUGUCUAUUCUUGAUAAACACCACCACCCAGAUAUUCAACUAGAGCAGGGCAUGAAACUUCUCGAACUCUGCACGGAUGAAUUGAAACGGCGAUUGCCCAUAGACUUCAAAGGUGUCCUGGUGAAAGUGGUGACGAAGGAUGGCAUUCAAGAAAUCGAUUAUGACAGCGCUAACGCUAAAAUUGUAAGGAGCGCGUGAUGUUUCUAGGGAUCUUGCCUGAUAUGGCGUUGUAUCAUAGCAUUUCACAUGAUCUUAGGAAAAAGACGUUCUAGAUGAAGAGAUGCUUGCCUGUUAUCCUUACAACGUAUCAAACUACAUUAUGUAGCCAGUGCUAUAGGUCCUACAAGAGGGAAAGCUCCUGAAGACCCUAACUCCUUCAAUUGUUUAAGCCGUGUUUAAGUCUAGUAUAAACAUGAAGGCAAAAUUGGGGCGUUUUGUAGCUCCUUAGACUAGUUUAUUUCAGGUAGAAACUCAGCACCACAUAAAUAAUCAAUAACGGGAAGAAUAAUAAAACGCU